AUGGCACUAGAUGGCGUAUCGCCAAAAAACAUCGCCAUGAUCAAGGCCUAUUACCGCUCCAGCACUGCGAGAGUUCUGGUUCGCAGCAAUCUUUCCCGACCGUUUGGCAUUCGGUCUGGCGUUCGACAGGGUUAUAUCCUGUCGCCCAUUCUGUUCAACUACGCUGCUGACUGGAUUCCAGGGAUGGCCUUACACGAAGUUGACGGUGUUGAGUUUGCACCCGGAAACCCACUGACUGAUCUCGAUUACGCCGAUGAUACCGCCUUACUUGCCCCAAGUUUUGAUAAUCUGCAGUCUAUGUUAUCACGGGUUAACGAGGUCAUUAAAUCGGCCGGUUUACCCAUAAACGCUGGGAAGACUGGUGUGUUUUCAAGUUGCAUCCCUGAUCAGAAGAAGACACCUCUCUGGAUUGAUGGUUGUCAACUUGAAGAAGUAGACAGCUUUAAAUACCUCGGGGGAGGCUAUCGCCGAAUGGGCAGAGUAAGGACGACAUUGUCCCCCGAAUUGAUGCUGUCCGCCGGACCAUCUCAAGCCUUGGAAAAUGCCUAUGGAUACAACGCGACAUCUCCAUCGCCACUAAGAUUCGCGUGUAUCGUGCAUCUGUCCCGUCUGUCUUUACGGUUGUGA